CUUGCACCGGGUGCCGGCGGUCGCCGCGGGAGCGUGAGUGCUGGGCGCAGGGCUCUAGGACGCAUUGUCGCCGCACAGACCCCCUUUGUGAGUAGCAGGCCGGCCCGGAGGCUGGGAGCCGAACACGCACGUCUGCAUGCUGAGGAAGAUGGGCGAGGCUGUGGCCAGAGUUGCAAGGAAGGUCAAUGAGACUGUGGAAAGCAGCUCAGACACCCUGGACCUGGCCGACUGCAAGCUUGUUUCUUUCCCCAUCUGCAUCUACAAGGUCCUGAGGAACGUCUCUGACCAGAUCCACCUCAUCACACUGGCUAACAAUGAACUCAAAUCCCUCACCAGCAAGUUCAUGACCACCUUCAGUCAGCUUCGAGAGCUACGCCUGGAGGGCAACUACCUCUAUCGCCUCCCCAACGAGGUCAGCAGCCUGCAGCACCUCAGGGCCAUCGACCUGUCCCGGAACCAGUUUCAAGACUUCCCAGAGCAGCUGACUACCUUGCCUGCACUGGAGACUAUCAAUCUGGAGGAGAACGAGAUAGUGGCAGAUGUUCCAGUGGAGAAGCUAGCCGCCAUGCCAGCUCUGCGCGUCAUCAACCUGCGUCUCAACCCCCUGAGCGCUGAGGUGCGUGUGAUUGCCCCACCACUCAUCAAGUUUGAUAUGCUCAUGUCUCCAGAGGACACACAUGCCCCUCUGCCUUAGGACACACUCCUUGUGCUCACCCAGCAAGGGACAAAGGAUACUGGCCUGCCACCCUGAGAGGAGGGAGGCCCAUGGGAAGCCAAGCUUGGGGAGCGGGAUGGGUGGGCCAGGCAGCAUACAGAGGGAGGGGGCACAGCUAAGCCAGGGUGGAUAGCUUAGCUCCAGAGGGAGGAGGGAAGUGAGGCUCAGGGCACUCCCAGCUGCUGUGCCGACUUGGGUAGGUCUCUUGCUCUCUCUGAGCUUGGAUAUUUGGGAGGAGGAAAAAUAGUGGCAAGCCUUUCCUGCAUGGGACCCCUCAAAGGUUCUGUCUUCACAUCGUCGGACACCCUCUAAGCUCGUGGAUGAGCCUUGCUGGGCAUUUUAUGGACCUUAGGAUUUGAAGGCUUGUUUCUAGCAUGUGAGCCAGUCACCAUCCCGAGAGGAGACCACCUCCGUGUAUUUACUGCCUUCUGAGGACCGAACACAGUGAUGCCCUGUGAACACACGGUGCCAUGUCCUGGCCAUCAGGGUCCCUGGACUGGUCAGAGCCUGAACUAGGUGUUGGAAUGCCUAGACACUGGUUGGGCCCUGUGACAGGAGUGUUUAUGAAGGAACCCUUGGACAUCUGGCCAGGUUACAGAGGGGCGGCUCCAAGUGGCUCAUUCUUCCUUGUCCCAAGACACUGUGUGGAGGACUUUCUACAUACUCCAUUCUGUCCCUCCCUGAGAAUGGCCUAGCGUGGGCAGGCAUUACCUUCAGGGCCACAGGAGAGGUGGCCCAGAGAAGACAAGGCCAUCUGCACCUGUGACUGUUACCUUGGGUUCUUAAGUGACCUUUUUCACCAUGGCCUUCUUCUUGUGAUCUCCCUCUGAUGACAACCUGUUACCUUGUCCUGGCCCAGUACCACCAACCUCAAGGCUUAUCACCAUAAUGAUCUGCUAUCUUGAUGACCUAUGCCUGUGGUCUAGGGGGUAGCAGCUGUGCCCAGAACUGUGGCAUUUCCCAAGAGGUAGCUGGGCCCUUGCCCCCUGAUAAGGCCUGUGCUUGGGGAUAUCCCUGACCCUCUCAAUCUCCGUGUGUCUACCUCCUCACCUGUGCAGCAGGCCCAUCAGCUGCCCUCUCCCUGUCCUGGCUGGUCUGCACCUUUGUGUAGGUCUGUGGAGGCCCCAGGAUACAGGCAGGGCUAGGGCACUUUAUCUCCAACAUUUUGCUGUUUAGAACUCAAACUGUUGUUCAGAGCAAAAACCCACCACGGAGUUUGUCCGGGUCCCUGUCUUCUUCGAAGUGUUCCUGGCUCUUGAUAAGGGUGCUGUGGGAGCACUGCUGGUAUCAUGACUGUGUAUCCUAAAAGAUAAACCUUGCCCAAUCUGCUCUCAUCCCAAGGCCAGUGGCCAGAUGAGGAGGUAGACACAGGGCCCAAGCAAGGACUCCGUGCAACCGGACUGGACUGGCUCCUGCCUCCUACCCUGUGUUCCUGAGUUGGGGGUUUUUACCUUGUCGAAGUAGAGAGAUAUAAGAGCCUAGUGACUCCAAGUGUUGAUAGGCUAACACCAGCUUGCUAGAAAUGCAGCUUCCAGGGGUGUACACCUGGGAUCCAGAACCUGAUGGGGUUAAGACUAUAGCAUUGUGGGGGUGAGGCCAGCCUGUGCUCUAUAAUGAGAGCCUAUCCCAGCACACCAGCUGCAAACAAAGUAAAAGGAGAAAAGUGUCAGGCAUAGUGGUACCCACUUAGAAGCCCAACCCUCCGAAAGUAGGAGCAGAAAGGUCAGGAGUUCUAGGCCAACCUUAGCCUACAGUAAAGAAUCCCUGGGCUAUGUGAGACCCCAUUUCAGUAAAGGGGAAAGUAAAAUGCAGGGUCUCAGAACUCACACUGGCUUUCCGAGUCAGAGCUGUGUUCCAGCAAGAACUGUAGCUGAUUCUUCCAGGAAAGUCACCAUUUGAACAUCAGCAGAGGUCCUGGAUGACAUGGUCCUGUGCAGAGUGAAGGUUGUCCCCUCCUCCACUUCUGUGAAUGUGAAUAUAUGUUCUGCCUCCCCUAUCUGAGCACUGGAAGACCCCUGCAUCUCAGAUCAGCCCCCCAUCUUUGUGUCUCUACAAUGGUCGAGAUAGUGAUGGCCAGGUGAUGGUUAGGCAUGCCCUAUCUUCCCACCGUACCUCUGGUUAUCCCUGCAUGCCAGCUGGGGUUGUUCCCUGAAGUUGUUCUCUACGCCGCCUAGACAUUAUGAUCCGGCCUGUCUGGGCAAGCUUGGGCAGUCAGAACCCUCCAGAUCCAGGCUCACAGUGUGAAGAAGCCCCAUGCUUCAGUCUGCAAUAAAAGAUGCUGUGUUAAUCUCA